UAGAAAAAGAAAAGUAGUUCAAAUUUGGGGUUAAUAUAAAAUUUGCAGAUCUGCAUGGCUUAUUGGUUGAGGGAAGUUGACUUUGCACUCAGGUCUAGUAUGCUAGCUUGGACUUUUUAUUUUUUAGUUUUAACUUUAAAAAUGUUCUCAAAUAAGAUAAAAAACGCAUUGCAUCCAUUGACAGAGAUACUUUCACUUAUCCACGUUCCACCGGAACGCGUAAAGGCAUUAUUCUACGUCAAACAGUCAAACCAAAGAAAAGAGCCCUUUGAUUCUUCUUCCUCUCAAACGAUAAUUAAAAUUUAAUGCUAAUGCAAAUAAUGAUCCAGAACAGAAGACGACGACCUUCGCAUAUUCCACCUGCACAAUUUCGUCAUUUCUUAAACUUAGCCGCCUAAGUUGACUCAUUCUGCACGGAACCCAGUUCUGUGGUUUAAAAGCAAAAGAAAGCUCACAUGCAGUACUCUGAUUUUUCUUUUGCUCAGCUAUUUUCUUUCACCUUCCUUCAUUUCCUUCGAAUUAUUACUUUUCAACAGAGAGAACAUGGCCGGGGCCUUGGUAGGAGGAGCAUUUCUCUCCGCCUUACUCCAAGUGCUGUUUGAUAGAAUGGCAACUCCCGAGAUUGUUGAUUUAUUACGAGGGCAAAAACUCACCAAAAAUCUCUUAAGGAAGUUAGAGAUUGCACUACAGUCCAUGAAUACAGUGCUUGAAGACGCGGAGGAAAAGCAGCUCACAAUGCCCAAUGUGAGAACGUGGCUUGAUGGGUUGAAAGAUGCUGUCUAUGAUGCGGAGGAUAUCGUGGAUGAUAUUUUUACUAAAGCCUUGCGACGAGAGUUAGAUGCUGAAUUUCAAAUAGCCGCAAAUAAGGUACGAAACCACAUCUCUAUGUCUCUUUUUGUCAACAAGAUAGAAAGAAAGAUAAAAGAGCUACUUGAGAGACUAGAAUUUCUAGCCGAACAAAAGGAUUUCAUAGGUUUAAGAGCAGGUGUUGGAGGGAAUCCACAAGAAAGAUUGCCCACAACUUCUUUAGUCGAAGAGUCUGGUAUUUUUGGCAGGGAUGAUGAUAAGGAGGAAAUAGUUAACUUGUUGCUCUCGGGCGAUUCCAUUGGCAACGAGAUGUGCUUGAUAGCUAUAGUUGGCAUGGGAGGAAUAGGCAAGACCACCCUAGCUCAGCUUCUAUACAAUGACAACAGGGUUAAGCAACAUUUUAAUCUUGAUGCAUGGGUUUGUGUCUCAAAAGAAUUUGAUUUGCACACAAUAACGAAGACAAUUCUAGAGGCAGUGACUUCGGCAACUUGUGAUAUCAAGGAUCUAAAUAGACUUCAAGUUACAUUAAAAGAGAAAUUAACAGAGAAGAAAAUUCUUCUUGUUUUAGAUGAAGUUUGGAAUAUGAAUUAUUCUGAUUGGGAGAUCUUAAUGAAUCCCUUCAAAUUUGUGGCACAAGGAAGUAGGGUCAUUGUAACAACACGUGAUGACAGUGUUGCAUCGGUCAUGCGUGCUAACGUAACUCAUUACGUAAAGAAGUUAUCAGAAGAAGAUUGUUGGUCAAUAUUUUCCAAACAUGCAUUCCAUGAUGGAAACUUUGAUGCAUAUCCAGAGCUUGAAGCUUUAGGCAGACAAAUUGUCAAGAAGUGCGAAAGUUUACCUUUAGCAGCCAAGGCGAUUGGAGCUCUUUUACGGUCUAAACUAGAUGCUGAUGAAUGGGAUAAGGUACUAAAAAGCGAGUUAUGGGAUCUACCAGUGGAGGCGACAAGCAUUCUCCCUGCUCUGAUAUUAAGCUACAAAUAUCUUCCCUCACAUUUAAAGCGGUGCUUUGUUUAUUGUUCAAUAUUCCCAAAGGGUUAUAUUUUUGACAAAAAUCAGUUAAUUUUACUAUGGAUGGCAGAAGGUUUCUUACAACAACCUAGAAUAAAAACAAUGGAAGAAAUUGGUGAUGAUUACUUCAUGGCGCUGGUAUCAAGAUCAUUAUUCCAACAAUAUAGUGGUGAUAAAUCACGUUUUGUGAUGCAUGAUCUUGUUAGUGAUUUAACAAAAUAUGUGUCUGGGCAAUUUAUCUCAAGGGAAGAGCCCGAAGAGGUCUCUCGAGAAACUGUGUACAAGACACGCCAUAUGUCUUACUUCAUAUCAAAGUUUGAUAGCCCUGAGAAAUUUAAGGUGUUUUAUAAGGCUAAAAGGUUGCGCACUUUUCUGCAAUUGAAUUUUUCAAGAGGUGGUGACUCCUAUCUAACCAAAAAAGUACCACAUGAUUUAUUGGGAAUGCUAAGAUACCUACGGGUGCUCUCUCUAUCUUAUUAUAUUAACAUAAACGAGUUGCCAGAUUCAAUUGGUAAGGUUAAGACUCUGCGUUAUUUGAAUAUUUCUUUCACUGGGAUUAGAAGGUUGCCUGAUUCCAUAUGUAAGUUGUGCAAUUUACAGACAUUGAAUUUAUCGGGUUGCAAAGAUCUUGUUGUAUUGCCAAGAGAUAUGUGGAAACUCAUCAAUUUACGGCAUCUUGAUAUUACUGGAACUUGCAUAAUGGAGAUGCCAAUGCAAAUUGGUAGACUAAAAUGCCUCCAGACGUUGACUAAAUUUGUCAUCAAUAAAUAUAAUGGGUCUUCCAUUGGAGAAUUGGGAAAACUUAUAAAUCUUCGAGGAAAUCUUUCUAUUUUGGAGCUCCAAAAUGUUAAAUCUCAUGUGGAUGCUCUGGAUGCAUGCUUGAAGGACAGAAAGUACAUAGAGGAGUUGGUGUUGGAAUGGAAUCCAAAUGGUAUCAAUAUUUCAAAAGAUCAAAGAACUGUACUUGACAGUCUCCAACCCCAUAGAAACUUGAAAAGCAUCAGUAUCAAUUAUUAUGGCGGUCAGAAUUUUCCAGAUUGGGUAGGGCAUAAUUCGUUCUCCAAUAUGACAUCCCUUUGUCUAUACAUGUGUAAUAAUUGUUGUACGUUGCCAUCACUUGGCCAACUACCCUCUCUACGUGACCUUUCCAUUAUCGGGUUGGAUGAAGUUGUUACGGUGGGUCCUGAAUUCUAUUGCAUUGGUUCUUGUUCAACGAAGUCAUUUGGAGCCCUGGAAUUUCUAAGAUUCGAAAAGAUGUUGAAUUGGGAGAUAUGGUUUCCUUUUGGUGUAGAGAAUGAAGGUGGAGCUUUUCCUUAUCUUAAAGAGCUUUAUAUUGAUAAAUGCCCCAAGCUGACAGAAAGAUUGCCCAUUCAUCUUCCUUCUUUAGCCAAACUUGUGAUCCAUGAAUGUCCGCAGUUGAUGGCUUCACUCCCAAAGGUUUCUGCUUUAUGUGAAUUAGAGCUAAUAGAUUGUAAUGAGGCCUUGAUAAAAGAAUUGUCAAUUCCUUUGACUGGAAUGCAGAAGCUGACAGUCGAAGGAUUUUCUGCACUGGAGUCCUUGCCUGAAGGAAUGACAAAUUUCGGCAGCUGUCUUCACGACUUACGAAUAUGGCGCUGUUCUUCUCUCAUGUCCCUUCCCAAAGGUUAUCUACCUCCUACAUUAAAAGCCCUUUGGAUCUCACAUUGUAAGAGUUUAGAGCUCCCAAUGCACUUGGAUUAUUCAUCCCUUGAAAAGUUGUGGUUGCAUGGUUGUGAUUCUCUCAGCUCAUUUCCAUUAAACCUAUUUCCAAAGCUUUAUAAUAUCACAUUCUGGGAAUGUAAUAAUCUAGAGUCUCUUACAGUGCUAGAACCACAUGAACAUGAUUUAAUGACCUUGCGCAUGGGAAUCUCAGAUUGUCCUAGUUUUGUAUCUUUUCCAAAGGGAGGAUUGCGCGCACCCAACCUCACAUCAUUUUGGGUGGAUAAUUGUAAGAGUCUGAGGUCAUUGCCUGACAAGAUGCACGAACUCCUCCCAUCUCUUCAGUAUCUGUAUAUAGAAGAUUGUCCAGAAGUCGUGUCAUUUCCUGAAGGGGGCUUGCCUUUGAGCUUGAUUUCAAUUUAUAUACGCGGUUGUGACAAACUCGUUACCAGCCGGAUGGGAUGGGGUUUGAAAAAACUCCACUCUCUUAGAUUGUUAGAAAUCAGUGGAAAAUCUGAAGAUGUGGAGAGCUUUCCUGAGGAGGAGCUGCUGCCCACCACUCUGCCUUAUCUUUACAUCUCUAAAUUCCAAAAUUUGAGAUCUCUGGACAAGAAAGGGCUUCAACACCUCACAUCUAUUAAACAGUUGUGGAUCUGUGAUUGCCCUAAGCUCAAAUGCAUGCCAGAAGAGGGGCUGCCUGCCUCUCUCUCUAUUUUGGAGGUCUACCAUUGCCCUUUGUUAAAGAAACAGUGGCAAAAGAGAAAAGGAAAAGAAUGGCGUAAGAUUGCUCAUGUCCCCUGCAAAUUGCUUGAUAGAGAAUUGAUCAAUUGAGCUCUCACUAAAGUGGGAAUGCCCAUUCUCAGUAAUAAUGUCAGCUUCUAGAGUUUGGGCUUCCUUUGGCUUUGGUGGCAACAUCCUCUGCUGCAGGUGUUCCAGCUGCUGGUUCAGAGGUAUAUAAUCGGUCACUUUCUCUAUUUGCUGUUAUGAUCAUUUGUUUCAUCAUUUUCCCAUAUUUUUCCGAGUUCAACUUUAGUUACCAAAAAUAGUUAUUAUCAGUAAAAUUUUCUUGUGUGCACAACUAAGUUUCCGAUGAUGGCAUUAUUUAUCAUUGGGCAGAUUUGAGUGACACCUUUUUCAAGUUCUAGUAAAAACUUUGCAAUAUAUCCCGGGACCUGCAUGACAGACCGACCUCCCACUGCAGCCGCAUUUAUUUGCAAGAUUUGCUGCAGAGAUUUCUUGCAUUUACAAACCAAAAUACAUGCCCCUCUAUCAUAUUGUGUGGCUUUUUUUUUUGUUCAUCUCUUUUGUGUGUGAUAACCCGGUUUAGAAGGUUGAAUUGCUGACUUCCUUUUGUUGCUCUGAGGAUUCUUGGGUGUUUAUUCAAAUGGUUUUUGCUGAUUAGGAAACAUUACCAUCAUUUAUGCAGUCUAAGUAUUCCUAGCUGCCUUUAUGGUGGAAAAUUUUGUUGCUAGAAGAUAGUUCAGUUAUAAAUAUUCGGAAUUAAGCUUGAUUUCUCUAUCAUCUAAGUAUUGUAAUGUAGCUUGUCAUUUGAGAAAUGUCUGUAAUUGUUGGGUGGAAUCCAUUGUUCUUCAUAAACAUCAUGCAAACAAUGUGAUGGCCUUGGAGAUAAAUAUCUUUCCCAAAAGAAGGAUUGUGUGCCCCUAAUCUUACAUGGUUUCGGGUCAUCAACUCUGAGAGUUACAUAAAGUCACUGCCCGAUAAGGUGCACGUACUGCUUCGAUCUCUUCAGUAUUUAUAUAUAGAACAAUGUCCAGAAGUCAUGUCAUUACCUGAAGGGGGCUUUCCUCCCAGUCUGAAUUCAAUUAGAAUCUGCCGUUGUGACAAACUUUUUGCCAAUCGGAUACAAUGGGUUUUCCCAAAAUGAAAUAUUUGGACAAGAAUGGGGGAUUCAACACUUCACCUCUCUUGAAGAAUUACAGAUUGAUGACUGCCCUAAGCUCAAGUGCAUGCCAGAAGAUAGGCUGCCUGCCUCCCUUUCAAUUCUGAAGAUAAAAAACUGACUUGUUGAAGAAACAGUGGCAAAGGAAAAAAGGAAAAGAAUGGCGUAAGAUUGCUCAAGCCCCUAGCAAAUUGAUUGAUUUCGGAUGAGCUGAAAAGUCUAGCAAGAGUUCCCCCACUCUGUUAUAAUAUCAGCUUUUGGACUCAGGCAUCUUUUGGCUUUGGUGUCAACCUCCUCUGCCGCAGGUGUUCAGCUGGUCAUUUGGAGGUUUGUGGGUGCAACUUAAUUCCUGAUUGAAGACGGGUUGGUCAGUCAAUUUGAUUGGCAAAUUUGACUGAGGAUACACCUUUGUCAAGCUCUAGUAAUGACUUUCUAUUUCCCUACUACCCUUGGCUCAGAGCAAUUGCAACAAGAACUAGAUGAUUGAAGGGAGUGCUGACCCAGCAUUUGAUGAGGGGAUUACAGAAGCAUCGAAUGAACAUCACCAAAUACAGUACACUAAAGCUGAUGUUUUCUGCCCCAGAAACAGCACCGUGUAAGUGUUCCUAGCAGUCUGUAUGGUGGAAAUUAUCAACAUUCAUAUAGUUCUCCUAAUGGAGGAUGAUAUUUGCAGUCCUGUGACUCCUGGCCCAUAUCAACUUCCAAAUACAUUCCUUCGGACUGCCCCAUAUCAACCCCCAAAUACAUUCCUUCCAUGCCUGCUCCCUUCCCAGACAAAUUUCCAGCACCUUCUAUUACUACCCAACCUGAUCUGAGGCCCUCUCUCUCUGGAACCCCUUUUGCUGGGAAAAAAAUGCAGAGCUAUAUCAGCAUGGCAGCCCACAUUGGUUUCUCAAUUGUAUCCUAGAACCAGUAAUCCUCAUCGACCCAUACCACCUGGGACUGGUCCUGCAGUCCCUGUUACAUCACAACUAGGCUUAGUACCUGGCCAUAAAAUGCCACAGAUUGUAGCUCUCACCACACAGCCGCUGGGAUUUAGGCCAGUGGAUUCAGGGUUGUUCAAAGACCCUGGAUAGGUUCAAUGCAACCACCUAGCGCUACUCAGAUAGCAUCAACACCACCCACCAUUGCAGUUCUUCAAUUGCAACCACCGAGGCAUUGGAUUAUGGAAAAUUUUCAGUUCUUAUUAUCAAAUCAAGUACUACUUACGACCAGCGAGUGGGAUGACUGCAAGCAACUUCUGGCUAGGUACACCAAAGUGAAAUGAUCAAGACAAGAAGACAGAAUGCGAAAUUGAAAUAAAGAAGGCAUUCCUUCUAUUUUCUGAUUGCUGAAUUGGAAACUUUUUAAAACGAGUGGCCAGCUUCUUGUAGCGAUAUCCUUUCUUGAAAAUGCACACAAGAACAGCUUUUCUCGAUUGCUACUGCAGGAAUUUGGUUCUUCAUAAUUGCUUCACUGCAUUUCAAUUAAAUUCUGUUUUUGAAAGCUGUCAAGGAAGAUAGUUCUUAGGACCCUGUACUGCUGGUGGUUUUUUUUUUUAAUUUGAUACUUGUGGUUGAAUUUUAUAAAUAUAUAAAAAAAAAUCAUAGAU